AUGAGCAAAUAAAUUCAAAAAAAAUAAUUGCACAUCCUCUCCAAAUCCAAAUUAGCCAGAGUGAAGGAAAGAAACGAGGAAGAGAACAUCUUUAAAUCUUUCAUAUAAUUGCAUAUUGAUUAAAGAGAGAACUAUCACAUAGACAUUAGUGAUUAGCAAUUAAAGGACAAAAAAGAAUUUUAAAGAUUGUGUCAAUCCAUUAAAAAAAAUGAUGUGUCUACUCGGUUUCAUAAAUAACGACAAUCUCAGUCUCUUUAAUAAAGCCCAUAAAUAAAGGUUUGGUUCUAAACACCUUUGUUGUAGAAAGCGCAUCGAAAAUUUUAGAAAACCCCAUUCCCAAAAUAAUGA